UCGCAGGCUAAGUCCAACUUCCGGUCCGGGCCGCCUCUGCCGCGGAAACCUCGGUUCUGGUUUUCGGAGUGGAUUGUGACCAUGGCUGCAGAGUCUGAUGUUCUGCACUUCCAAUUUGAACAGCAAGGAGAUGUAGUCUUGCAGAAAAUGAAUCUCUUGAGACAGCAGAAUUUAUUUUGUGAUGUGUCGAUUUAUAUUAAUGACACUGAGUUCCAGGGACACAAGGUGAUUUUAGCUGCUUGCUCCACAUUCAUGAGAGAUCAGUUUUUACUCACUCAGUCAAAACAUGUCAGGAUCACCAUCUUGCAGAGUGCAGAAGUUGGCAGAAAAUUGUUGCUGUCUUGCUAUACUGGAGCACUUGAAGUUAAAAGGAAAGAGCUUUUGAAAUACUUGACUGCUGCUAGUUACCUUCAGAUGGUCCAUAUUGUGGAAAAGUGUACAGAAGCUUUGUCAGGAUAUCUGGAAAUUGAUCUUUCUAUGAAAAACAACAAUCAACAUACCGACCUGUGUCAAUCCUCUAACCCAGAUGUUAAGAAUGAAGAAGAAAAUACAGAUAAAGACUGUGAGAUAAUUGAAAUAUCAGAAGAUAGUCCUGUAAAUUUAGAUUUCCAUGUUAAAGAAGAGGAAAGCACUGCUUUGCAGUCUACAGUAGAGAGCUUGACAUCAGAGAGACAAGAAACGAAGUCACCAGAGCUGUCUUCAGUUGAUAUAGGUUUUAAAGACAAUGAAAUUUGUAUCCUUCAUGUGGAAUCUAUCAGUACCGCUGGUGUAGAAAAUGGGCAAUUUUCACAGCCUUGCACCUCUUCAAAAGCAAGCAUGUAUUUCUCUGAAACACAGCAUUCACUGAUCAAUUCUACAGUUGAGAGCAGAGUGGCAGAAGUUCCUGGAAAUCAAGAUCAGGGCUCCUUUUGUGGGAAUACUGAAGGGAGUCAUGGUACAGCGAAUGAGAUUCAGAAUAUGGAGGAUGUUUAUUCACUGAGGCACCAGUGCCCCAGGUGUCCACGAGGAUUUCUUCAUGUUGAAAACUAUCUGCGCCACCUUAAGAUGCAUAAACUAUUCUUGUGCUUACAGUGUGGGAAAACAUUUACACAGAAGAAAAAUCUCAACCGGCAUAUUCGAGGGCACAUGGGCAUACGGCCCUUUCAGUGUACUGUGUGCUUGAAGACAUUUACUGCUAAAAGCACGCUGCAGGACCACUUGAACAUACACAGUGGGGAUCGGCCAUACAAAUGCCAGUGUUGUGAUAUGGAUUUCAAGCACAAAUCUGCCCUCAAAAAGCAUGUAACCUCUGUCCAUGGCCGGAGCAGUAGUGAAAAACUACCCAUUCAUGAUCUCAAAAAGCAAAAUCUGUUAUAAAUAGAAUCACGCCUUGCUAUGGAAUCCAGAUAUUAUUCUGGUAGGCAAGUCUUGCUAUAGAAAUGCAGCAUUUGUAAUACUGCAUUUUCUCCUCAUCGCUGGGUCUUGUCUUUGGUCUGCCUACACAUUAUUCUUCCUAAACGUAUACUAUGAAUUCCAAAGUGUGGGAGACAUGGUAAAGCAGAUAGAAUGUUAUCUCAUGUCUUGUAUUAUAUAAGUCCCAGUGAUAUACCUGAAAUAUUCUUGAUUCUAAUGACAAGAUCCAGCAGUAUUUACAUAUUUGGAUUUUGAGUCUCUAGAUAAUUGAUGGAAGUCUAAGAAAAUCUAACAAUGUACUAACUGUAAUGAAUUAGGAUAAUGGGAAGGGAAAGUAAAUUUUAAAGCACACUGUUAUCCAUUAUUAGUCACUUUAAGAAUAGAUAGAACUAGUAAAUUUUUUAACCAACUGCUUUGGGAUUGAUUGUAAACUAAAUGCCAAGUUACCCGUUGUUUUAAAAUAUAAAAGAACACAAUUCAUAUUCACUUGAGAAUAGCAGAAUUUCCUUAUAUAUUUCUUAAAAUACUAUUUCCAUGAUUUGUUAAUAUACACAUUUUGUAAAUGAUUAAUUAGGCCCCAAUGUCUAGAUUUUAUUUAAUGCCGUGGCAUCUAAUAAUUUUGUGGCCACUAAAAUCAUACCAUUAGCUUGAAGCUCUAAAAAAUUACUUUUUUAGAAACUGGAACUUUACCAAAAAUAUUUG